GUUGCCUGGAGUCCUCCCUGGUCUCCUGGACCCUGGCUCUUAACCUUCGCCUUUCAUUCUCUCAAGUCUCAGUCUCAGUCCUCACCUCUCCCCCUCGUCUUCGCAGUUGGAUCUCACCCUCUCAACCCCCAUUUUCCCUUGCCGCCCUCGCCCUCGGCUCUGUCUCCUCCCUUCGCCGUCGUCAGUGUUGCUGUCCUGCCUCCCCACCUCGUCGCCUGGCCUCCUCCGUUUCAUUCGCUGAACUACCAGAUCUGCCUCGGAUCAGCUCCUUGCUCAUUUUUGCUUUAAAAAAAAGCAAUAAAAAUUUAAGAACCGGCCGGUUCACCGGUCCUCGCCAGGUUUUUGAAUUCAAAUCCGAUUUUCAUUUCAGGCGGUUUUUCUAUCUAACCGAACCGGUUGUUUUAACAAUAUUCCUCUCCUAGUCCUUGGUAUCUUAUUAUUUUUUUCUGUUACGUAUUGGUAUCUCAUUUGCGUCACAUAUCUUAUACUCCGUAUAAAUAUCAUAUUUUUAAUUUCUUAAGUCCUUCAUUAAUUAAAUUUUAGAUGAUUUUGUGGAAGAAUAUCUCUAGUACCCAGAUUAUGUAUUUUGAUCAAUAGUCAAUCAUGAAAGCUAUGUUGGUACUUUCUGACUUUGUCUUGUAAGUUACAACAAGCCAAUCACCUCAAUAAUUAUAGUUGUUUAAUCCAAACCUUUCUAUUUAAGUAGAUAUGUAGAUACUUCAUUCCCUUAACCAACAAAUACUAUUUUACAUAAAUUAUAAACAUGAUCCUCAAGCAUGUUCUAGUUCUUCCAUUUCCAGCACAAGGGCAUGUGAACCCUCUAAUGCACUUGUCUCACAAACUAGCACAACAUGGCUGCAAAGUUACUUUUGUCAACACUGAGUUCAACCAUAAGAGAGUGGUGAGUGCAAUGAAUGGGAAGGUUAGUCUUGAAGGGUCAAAAGUGGAACUAAUCUCAAUCCCUGAUGGUUUAGGACCUGAAGAAGAUAGAAAUGACUUGGUUGGUUUAGCUUUGUCAAUGAUGAGAACCAUGCCUUUUGCUCUUGAGAAGGUUAUAAGGGACAUUAAUUCUCUUGAUGGUGGAAGGAAGAGACUCACUUGCAUAAUUGUUGAUACUAGUAUGGCAUGGGCCUUGGAAGUUGUACAGAAGCUAGGAAUCAAAGGGGCUCUCUUCAUCCCUUUGUCAGCAGCUAUUAUUGCCAUGGAAGAUAACAUGCAAAAGCUCAUUGAGGAUGGAAUUAUUGAUAGUGAUGGAUUCCCUAUCAGGAAAGGGAAAUUUCAGGUAUCUCCAGAAAUGCAUACUAUGGACACAGCUUAUUUGCCCUGGUGCUGCAUAGGUGACCCAAUCACACAAAAGAAUUUGUAUCAUUACAUUGUAAAGUUGGCACAAUGUUCACAUUUAACAAAUUGGUGGCUCUCUAACACAACUUAUGAACUUGAACAUGGAGCCUUAUCAGUUUGCCCAAAAAUCCUACCAAUAGGGCCAUUGAUUGAGAGUGCUAAGUACAGAUCAAUGGGGCAAUUCUGGGAGGAAGACCUCUCUUGUUUGAAUUGGCUCAACCAACAACCACCUUGUUCUGUUAUUUAUGUCGCCUUCGGUAGCUUGGCGAUUUUCGACCCUUGUCAACUCAAGGAACUGGCCCUUGGACUAGAACUUGCCAAUAAGCCUUUUCUUUGGGUUGUACGUGAAGAUUCCAACAGCAUUAACAAACUUGCAUGCAUUGAAGAAUUUCAAGGUACAAGAGCUAAGAUUAUUAAAUGGGCACCCCAAAACUCGGUGUUAAGCCACCCUGCCGUAGCUUGUUUCAUUAGCCACUGUGGUUGGAACUCUGUUAUGGAAGGUGUGUCUAAUGGAGUACCUUUCUUGUGCUGGCCGUAUUUUGCUGACCAGCUUCAUAACAAGGCAUACAUAUGUGAUGUUUGGAAGGUGGGGUUGGGUUUUGAAUUUGAUGAAAAAGGGAUCAUAUCACGUUGGGAAAUAAAGAAGAAAGUGGAUCAACUCCUUGGAGAUCAAAACAUAAGGGUAAGAUCUAAGAAAAUGAAGGAGAAGGUAAUGAAUAGCAUUGUAGAAGGAGGGAAGUCCUCUGAGAACUUCAACAAGUUUAUGGACUGGCUCAAAGAAUAGGCCAUUUUAAUUUCUUGCAGUGUGCAUGUUUCUCAACUUGUAUAAACUUUUACACAC